AUGAAGAGCGCCCUCGGCAACUUGGCCAAGGUAGACCCGACCGUCAGGAUGCUCCGCAAGAAGGAGACCUUCACCAUCGUCACGCCCAUCCCGGGCUUCAUCCCGCGCCAGCUCGCCAUCGACAUCCUCCACUCCCACUCCGAGGUCAUCACCCUGAACCCCCUGGUCCUCGAGCACAAGCCCGUCAAGGCCCCGCGCGACGCCCAGGCCGACGAGUUCUACUCGACCUGGUACGAGAUCGUCGAGCGCAUCCAGUACGUCCCCGGCCUCGGCAGGAUGGGCUCCGGCAAGAUCAGCUUCAACGGCUGCUUCCACGACAUGCCCUGGGGCCUGCAGACGCACAUCUACGCGCCCAUGAACGUCGACCUGCGCAACACCUACCGCAUCGCCGGCAACCAGCCCGGCGUCGAGCCCCCCGAGACCCCCGAGAUCGGCCUCGGCAAGCUCGGCGUCCCCGCCGACGGGCUCUACCUGCGCGAGGACAUCGAGAUCAAGUGCAACGUCGCCGUGCUGUCCUUCGUCAAGGCCCAGCUCAAGGCCGCCGGCCAGGAGAUGGUCCAGCGCAUCAUCAAGAAGGCCGAGCUGCUCGACGCCGGCGUCCUGCAGGCCAUGAUCGAGGACGGCAAGCUCAAGACCAUCAACCCGGCCGACCGCUCCAACACCAGCGCCGGCGCCAGCGCCGUCCGCUCCCCGCAGCCCUCGCCCACCACCAUCCCGGCCCACUUCCAGCAGGGCGGCGGCGGCGGCGGCGGCGGCGGCGGCCCCAACCCUCCGCUGUCGCCGCAGGUGCCCUACCAGAUCCCCCGCCCGGGCGGCUUCCAGCGGCCCCAGUCGCACAUGUCCCAGCACGGCGGGUACAUCGGCGUCAGCCAGAGCAGCUACGGCGGGUUCCCGAGCCCGGGACAACAACAGUAUCACCACCAGCAGCAGCAGACACAAGCCUCGGCCGCCCAGGAACUGUCCGCCACGUCGUCGUCGUCGGUGGCGCAUCAAGGUGCCGGCGGCGGCGGCGGCGGCCAGCAGCAGGUCAUCAUGGAGCUGCCGGGCGACUACUACCACCCCCAGCAGGGCUCGCCGGGCCUCCAGCCGCCGCCACCUUCUCAGCACUCGCCGGGCCUGCCCUCGUCGGACCGGGACUCGGCCACGCUGGGCUCGUCAGGGCGCUGGUCGGCGACGGACUACCAGAGCCAGGGCGGGUCGCGGCCGACGUCCGUGUCCUCGGACCACAGCGGCGCCGGCGCCGGCGGGGGGUUCAAGUCGCCCGGCCUCGACAAGGGCUUCGCGUCGGAGCUGGCGACGCACAACGAGACCUCCGAGGAGCACCGCGGCGACACGCUGCGCAAGCUCGACGGGCGCCAGCAGCAGCAGCAGCAGCACCAACAGCAAAACUACAGCUAUAACCCGGCGGACUACGCCAAGGUGCCGUACGGGCAGAACCAGCCCCGGGGCUCACACCCGCAGCAGAUGGGGUAUGGGUAUGGCCAUGGCCAUGGCCACCACCAGCAGCAGCAGCAGCAGUAUGGACAUUGA